UACCUCACGUGUGGGAGAGCUCGUCGCAUGCGUAGAAGUCGUAUUCAACGUGGAACAAGAGUAACUUCCUGUCGGGUCAAUCUAAUUUUUAGGAAAAAUGCAUAUGCUUAGGCGUGAUAAGAAAGAAGAAGAAGAUGGAGGAGGGAAUCCAUUUCAUAAUUUGGAGAAAAGUGUAGUAUUACAAGAGACAAGACUAUUUAAUGAAACACCAAUAAAUCCAAAAAGAUGUGGACACAUACUGACAAAACUUUUAUAUCUCAUCAACCAGGGAGAAAGUAUUGGAACAACAGAAGCCACAGAAGCAUUCUUUGCUAUGACCAAGUUAUUUCAAGCCAAAGAUCCUGUAUUAAGGAGACUGGUCUAUCUUGGGAUCAAAGAAAUGUCCAAAAUAGCAAAUGAUGUCAUCAUUGUUACUAGCAGCUUGAUGAAAGACAUGACAGGAAAAGAUGAUCAGUUUAGAGGACCAGCCAUUAGAGCUCUUUGUUCUAUUACUGACAAUACCAUGUUACAAAGUAUAGAGAGGUAUAUGAAGCAGGCCAUCGUAGACAAGAACCAUGCUGUGUCUAGUGCAGCAUUAGUAUCUUCUCUGCAUUUAAGUAAAGGCAGUCAGGAUGUUAUAAAGAGAUGGGUUAAUGAAGCACAGGAGGCUGUAUCAAGUGAUAAUAUCAUGGUCCAGUACCAUGCAUUAGGCUUGUUGUACCACAUUAGAAAGUAUGACAGACUUGCUGUAACAAAACUGGUCAGCAAAUUCAGUAAACAUUCACUCAAGUCACCAUAUGCCUAUUGUUUGCUGAUUAGGAUUGCCAGUAAACUGAUGGAAGAAGAAGGCGCAGGAACUGACAGUCCAAUGUUUGAUUUCAUUGAGAAUUGUUUACGUCACAAGAGUGAGAUUGUUAUUUAUGAGGCAGCCCAUGCCAUUGUCAAUCUGAAGAAUACAACAGCUAAAGAAUUAUCCUCAGCUGUUCCAGUGUUACAACUUUUCUGUAGUUCACCCAAACCUACACUUAGGUUUGCUGCUAUCAGGACACUGAAUAAGGUUGCUAUGAAGCACCCAUCAGUAGUAUCAUCCUGUAACUUGGAGUUAGAGAACCUGAUUACAGAUUCCAACAGAAGUAUAGCAACCCUGGCCAUUACUACCCUCCUCAAAACUGGAAGUGAAAGCAGUGUUGACAGAUUGAUGAAGCAAAUUUCUAGCUUUAUGAAUGAAAUAUCUGAUGAAUUCAAGAUUGUUGUUGUACAAGCUAUACAGUCAUUAUGUUUAAAAUUCCCAAGAAAGCACAAUGUUUUAAUGAAUUUCCUGUCGUCCAUGCUUAGAGAUGAGGGUGGAUUUGAGUAUAAGAAAGCCAUAGUUGAGAGUGUAAUCACUAUUAUAGAAGAAAAUCCAGAGGCAAAAGAAGCAGGACUUGGUCAUCUCUGUGAGUUCAUAGAGGAUUGUGAACAUACUGUCCUGGCAACAAAGAUUCUUCAUUUGUUAGGAAGAGAAGGACCAAGAACACCAACACCAUCUAAAUACAUCAGAUUUAUAUACAACAGAGUUAUACUAGAGAAUGCUGCUGUCAGAGCAGCUGCUGUAACUGCACUGGCUAAGUUUGGUGCUCACUGUGAAGAAUUAUUACCUAGCUGUUCAGUCCUGUUAGAAAGGUGUUUAUUGGACACUGAUGAUGAAGUAAGGGACAGAGCUACAUUUUAUGUUGAUGUUCUGAAACAGAAACAGAAGGCACUCAACUCUGCUUAUAUUCUCAAUGGUCUACAAGUAUCUGUGAUUGGAUUGGAAAGAGCAUUACAUAAUUACACCCUGGAACCAUCUGAGGCACCAUUUGACUUGAAGUCCGUACCUCUUGAUACUCAACCUGUUUCUGAACAGAAAGUAAGGGAACCAGGAGAUUCUGUAUCUAAAGCAGCAGACAAAGUGGUUGCUUCAACUCAAGAUAUUUAUGCAGAACGAUUGGCAGCUGUUCCUGAGUUCUCCAACCUUGGAUCUUUGUUCAAGUCCUCCAGUCUGCCAGUGGAGCUUACAGAAUCAGAGACUGAAUAUAUGGUCCAGUGUGUUAAACACUGCUUUGGUAGAUACAUGGUCUUCCAGUUUGAUUGUACAAAUACACUAAAUGAUCAGGUCCUAGAGAAUGUGACAGUUCACAUGGAUCCUGCUGAAGGAUUUGAUGUAAUGAAGUAUGUCCAGUGUCCAAGUCUACCCUACAACAAACCUGGUACCACAUAUACUAUGGUCAGACUCCCAGAGGAUCCUACUCAAGUAACUGGAACAUUUAGUUGUACACUGAAGUUUAUUGUGAAAGAUUGUGAUCCUAACACAGGGGAAGCUGAUGAUGAUGGAUAUGAAGAUGAAUAUGUUCUUGAAGAUGUUGAAGUCACUGUUGCUGACCAUGUACAGCGUGUGAUAAAACCAAACUUUGGAGGGGCAUGGGAAGAAAUAGGACCGGAAAAUGAACUUGAGGAUACAUUUGCUCUCUCAACUGUCAAGUCUCUGGAGGAAGCUGUGAAGAAUAUCAUUCAGUUUAUGGGUAUGCAGCCAUGUGAGAGAUCAGACAAAGUACAAGAAGGCAAGAGUUCACACUCAUUAUUUUUAUCUGGUGUAUACCGUGGUGGCCAUGAUGCUCUAGUCCGAGCUAAAUUAGCUAUGACAGAUUCUGGUGUAACUAUGCAGUUAACUGUGCGUUCCACUGAUCCUUAUGUGUCUGAAGUGCUAGUUACAGCCAUAGGAUAAAUAUUUGAAGGACAGUAAUUUUUUUUGUAGGAAAAUUUUGAUAAAGAAUAUUGAAACAUACCUUAUUGUUUCAAUAUUAAAAAAAAACUGAAAUAUUAUUUAUUGUAAUGGUUUACAAAUUGAUUUGUUUUGAUGGAAAACAUCAUGUAGUGUUGGAUGUGUUUUAUAUUAUGUAUUAUUGCUUUUGUGCAAUAAAAGUUGGAGGAGGGAG